AUGAGAGUGAAGAGGCAGAAGAAGAACAGGAGAACAGUGAGAUUCUUCACCGUCUGUUUCGGUUUCCGACAACCUUUCAAAGUCCUUUGCGACGGCACUUUCGUCCACCACCUCGUUUCUAAAGAGAUCACUCCCGCUGACACUGUUGUCUCCGAGCUUCUCGGAGGUCCCGUCAAGCUCUUCACCACGAGGUGUGUGCUUGCGGAGUUGCAGAAGCUGGGUAAAGAUUACUCGGAGUCUCUCGAAGCUGCUCAGAUGCUUAGCACAGCAACAUGUGAGCACGAUGAGGCAAAACCAGCAGAUGAGUGUUUAUCAGAGGUACUCGGAGUCAAGAACUCAGAGCAUUUCUUUCUUGGUACUCAGGAUUACGAGUUUAGGAAAAAGCUUCAGCAGGAGUGUAUCGUUCCACUUUUGUAUGGUCUAAAUAACAGUCUACAGAUCGAUCAACCUUCUGAUUUCCAAAGGGAGACAGCCAAAGACUCUGAAAGAAAGAGGUUAACUAUGACUGAUGUGGAGAAAAAGAUGUUGGAGAAACAGACUGCGAGAAUUUUAGCUUCUAGUAGAGGAGAAGGAGUAGUUGAAGACGAACAAUGGGAAGCGUCUCGAGUGUUCAGUACAAGAAAUGGACUCGGUGUGAAAGAUAGACCUCAGUUCAAGCGAAACAGAGCAAAGGGACCAAACCCACUUUCAUGCGUGAAGAAAAAGAAGGCCAACGAUACCAAGAGAACCCUAUCGACAUCCAAAGCUGUCCCUAAGUCUGGUGGACAAGAGGAAAAGAAUGGUGAAAGCGGUUCAAGAAAAAGGACAAGAAAACGAUCAAAAAAAGGAAAAUCUGGUUAG